AUGCACUCGAUCCCAAAGCACACUCAGGCCACCCACACCUCUCCGCGGGCCCCCACUACGGCAGAAAGCGCCUCCAGCCAGCCUCAUCAGCGCCACACCGUGGUUCGUGUCGAGGCCGCAUCCAAGAGCGCCGCCCUUGAAUCAGCGUCUGCCUCCGCGUCCGCGUCUGCGACGGACGUGAGCGUUGAGCACUGGGCAUCGUCUCCCUCCCAUUCGACCAUCACCAUCGCCGUGGGUAGUCCACAGUCGCAACACCCCGACCUCGCCCCCGCCGUGCAGUCAAAGGUGAGGGACGACGGAGGCAAUGGCGUUUCACGCGAAGUGGUGGAGGUCGCCACACCCUCGGUGCUGAUCCCAGCUUUCAAAAUCGCCGACACGGUAGAAAACGCGAAGGCGUCGGCCGCCUCUGACGCGCCGCAGAAGGAAGCGAUCAUGACCGCCGAGAUACACCGCGACAAGCGCAUCGUCAUCUCCCGCCCCUCUUCCAUGCACGUGACCUGCAUGACUGACCUGACGCGUCCGUCAGACGCGUACAAGGUGGCGCUCCGCUUGUCACGCCCGUCCAACGCACUCACCCGCCGCUCCCGCCAGCCGCGCAAGGUGGUGAACGUGUGCCUCACAAAGUACCCUCUCAUCCGUAAGAUUGCGGAAGAGAUGGGCUUUGAGAUGGAAACAACGGAAGACGAGCUGAACGAAUACAAGUUCAACCUCUGCUGGAGCGAUACAGUGCUGUCCCUCAUGCGGCUCGUGCGGCUGAGAAACUGGCAGCGCACCAACCACUUCCCAUCCAUGUAUCUGCUCUGCCGCAAGGGGCACCUGAGCACGACGCUGGGGAAGAUGCGCCGCAAGCUGCCCUCGCACUUCGCCUACUACCCGCGCACGUGGUCGAUGCGGAGCGAGCGGAUGCAGCUCACGCAGUACAUGGCAGCCGUCCGCCAGCGUCGCAUCCUCAAGUACUUCAUCUUGAAGCCGAACUCUGGCUGCCAGGGCCGCGGCAUCGUCGUGGCGCGCGAUCCGCUGACGGCGCUGGACGAACACAUCCUUGACAACUACAUUGUGCAGGAGUACGUGCACCGCCCCUUGCUGCUGGAAGGCAAGAAGUUCGAUCUCCGUGUGUACGUGCUGCUCACCUCGAUCCGUCAUCCGUCCAUCUUUCUCUUCAACGACGGUCUCGUGCGCAUCUGCACAGAGCCGUAUGAGACCCCGAAUGAGGAGAACGUGAAGCAAGCCUGCAAACACCUCACAAACUACGCCGUGAACAAGAAGAGCUCGGAAUUCGUCUUUAACACGAAUGUCGAGCACAUGGACGUCGGCAACAAGCGCAACUUCGGCUUCCUCAACCGCUGGCUCGCCGAGGGCGGCCACUCGCCAGACGUCUUCUGGAACGAGGUCGGCUUUAUCGUCGUCAAGACAAUCCUCGCGGCGCAGCCGCUCAUCGCCAAGGUGUACGACUCGUGCUUUCCCACCGGCUUCAACGAGGGCUACUGCUGCUUCGAGGUACUCGGUUUCGACAUCCUGAUCGACAAUAAGAUGAAGCCGUGGCUCAUGGAGGUCAACCACACCCCGUCCUUCGCCACCGAGACGCCGCUGGAUUACCAAAUCAAGAGCAAGCUGAUCUCGGAGGUAUGGAGCAUCAUCGACUGUAAGGUCACCGAUUACGAGAGGGACCGGCAGCGGGAGCGCGACGAGUUCGCAAAGCGCAAUAUGCCGCCGUGGGCAAGCAACCACCCGCUCUACGGGAGCCAGCUCAAGAAGAAUACCUCGCGCGGCGCUGGCGCCGACGGCGCGGACUCGCCCGACCACAACCCUGCGACAACGGCCUGCGCGAACGCAGAGGAGGAGGUACCGCCCUACGUGCAUGCCCGCCGCAACUUUGAGGACACCAAACUGAAGAAUUUCAAGCGCAUCUAUCCGUCUCCCAACUCAGAUGUGCAGCUCGUGUACGACACGAUCCAGAGCCUGGCCACGCUGGAGUUCGCCAAUAGCCGCCUCUACUACAAUAGCACUGUCGCUGCGCCGGUGCCAGUGCCGAUGUCGUCGCCGCCGUCGCCGGGCGUCCGCACGAGUUCCGCGCUGCCCUUCCGCGUUCGACCACCGUUGCUGGGCCCACUGCUGACAGCCUCGCGUAACGGCAGCUCUAACAGUAGCCCCAGCACGGUCCUGCCGCCUCGCACGCCGGCCACAUUGAUGACGCCAAACACCACCUCUGCCGCGCAGGGUUCUGGUGCCGCUGGCACAGCAACGCCCAUAGCCGCAAUCCCUGCCGCACACCUCGCCACCUCCGGCCAAACCGUCACAAGUCCCUCUGUCGCCGCGAACAACGCGUCGGCGCCCGCCGCCCCUUCUGUCACGCCAACUCCCUUGGCCGGUCGCGAGGGCCAGCCUGCCCCUGCCACUAUCUUCAACCUAAUGGAGAAGGACAUUCUGCGCCGUCGUCGCUCAUCGGACGCCCCCAGCAGUGCACUGGCGCUGUCACACACGUCCACCACCCGCAGCAGCACCACACCGUCCGAGAGCGGCGGGACAGCGACCUCCACGCCGGCGGCCGCUCAGUCGCCUCAUCCGCUGCGCACGCACACGCCGCAGCUCUUGCCCACCCAUGUUAGAACGAACUCGUUCGCCGAAAAGACGCUGUCCUCAUCGCAGAAGCCGAGCGUCAAGGCAACAGCGGCAGAUGACACGGCAGCGAGCAGGGCGAAGCCGCGCGUUGCUGAGGUGCAUCGCCUCGUCACCGGGAGUCCACCCACAAUGAUACCCACAACAAUCGACAUCCCGGCGAGCCCCUCGGCAAACGAUGGCACGCCGGCUUCGAACGCAGCUGCGAUGCCGGCCAGCGAGGCCCUGCAGAAAAUGAAGCCGAUGGAGACGGACAAGCCGGACGAUGAGGUGCCGUCGCUAGCUCGCACUGUCGCACCGCAUCCCGCGGCCAACGGUCCCAUCCAUAUCUCCAGGCAUCCUACCCCAGGACAGAAGUUGCGGACGCCUUCACCGGUGUCAACGCCGAACACGAAUGGCCGGCCGCGCGCGAACAGCCACGAACUUUCUUCCAUGACGUGCAAGUCCGUCUCGGUGAGCGGCAGCACGCGUGACCUUGACCUUAGCGGUGUGGCGCACUCUGGCCGGAGGUCGCAGGAGUGCCAGAUGCGCUCUAUACUUCCGCACCAAGAGCCGACCGAGGAAGAGCUGGCUCGGCUGGCAACGCUGCAGGCGAUGCUGGACUACGAGGCCGCCGCCGACCCGCAGCCGGACGAUGACGAUGAUGACUACAACCUGACUGAGUGA